CUACUUCCGCUGAAAACAACUCCACAUGUUCGUCUAAUGAGGUUAGCUCUUACUUCUUUCCACAUGCGCUGCACUUUUUCAUACGGACCCGGCCCACCAUGAGUUUUGUGGAAUAUUCGGACCUCAUCCAGGACGGAGACGUCGUCAUCGUUUACAUGGGCCACAACUCCGUGAUGCCCGUCAAAGUGCAGCACGGCAGCCAGACACAGACCCGCUAUGGAGCCAUCCGGCACUCCUCGGACCUCAUCGGCCAGCGCUACGGGUCAAAGGUCACGUGCAGCAAAGGCGGGUGGGUGCUGGUGCUUCACCCCACGCCAGAACUCUGGACCGUGUGCCUGCCUCACCGCACACAGAUCCUGUACACAACAGACAUCUCUGUCAUCACCAUGAUGCUGGAGCUGAAGCCCGGAUCAGUUGUCUGCGAGUCAGGUACCGGCAGCGGCUCCCUCUCCCACGCCAUCCUGCGCACCGUCGCCCCCACGGGUCACCUCCACACGGUGGAGUUUCACGAGCAGCGGGCUCAGAAGGUGGCCGAGGAGUUCAAGGAGCAUCGAGUGGACCACCUGGUCACCGUCAGGAACCAGGACGUGUGCAAGGACGGCUUUGGGGUGACGGGGGUGGCAGACGCAGUCUUCCUGGACAUCCCCAGUCCCUGGGACGCGGUGGGACACGCCAAGUCUGCUCUGAAGAAGCACGGAGGCCGGCUCUGCUCCUUCUCUCCGUGCAUCGAGCAGGUCCAGAGGACAUGCGAGGCGCUGGCGGAUCACGGCUUCCAGGAGAUCAGCACCUUAGAGGUCCUGCUGAGGGUCCACGACGUCCGAACCAUCUCCCUGCCUCUGCCCGACUUCGGCCCAGACCAUUCCGCUCCCUCUGAGCCACGCACUACAGAGGAGGCUCCUCCCACUGCCACUCUAAGUCCCGCCUCCAUCUCCAUAAAGACGACCACGCCACCCAGAGAGAUGCCGGGUCACACAGGGUACCUCACCUUCGCUACCAAACCCAGAACCUGAAGGUGGAGCAGGUUCUCCUCCUGGUGUCAUUUGAUAUUUGGGUCAAACAGAACCGAGCUUCAGUUUUCUGUUACUGUAGAGCCGGUUCAGUUUCCUGUUACCGGACCGCUGCUUGCAUCAAGCAGGAGUUAAAAUCAGACAACAGUAGUUUAAUUAUUAUAAUUUUAUAUAAAAAUCACUUUACUGCCCUGAAGUGUGGGGUUUAUUUUUCCUUUUGACACUUUGAUGUGAGUCAAAACAAUAAACAAGUAAAAAUAACUUUAUUUUUGUUGUUUCACAGCUGCAGUCUGUUGAUUUAAUAGUUUUAUUGACUAAUUUUACUAAUAAAACAUGGAGCCAAA